AUGGCUUGUGAGAAUCACACUAGAGUUACUGAAUUUAUUCUUCUUGGUUUUACAAGCAACCCUAAAAUGCAAGUUUCCCUCUUCAUUUUAUUCCUGGCCAUCUAUACGGUCACUUUGUUGGGGAAUUUUCUUAUUGUCACAGUUACCAGUAUGGAUCCUGCUCUUCAAACACCCAUGUACUUCUUUCUCCGAAACCUAUCACUUCUCGAAGUUUGUUUCACCCUGGUCAUGGUGCCGAAGAUGCUGGUAGAUCUAGUAUCACCAAGGAAAAUCAUCUCUUUUGUGGGCUGUGGGACACAGAUGUACUUCUUCUUCUUCUUUGGUAGCUCGGAAUGUUUUCUUCUCUCUAUGAUGGCUUAUGAUCGCUUUGUGGCUAUCUGUAACCCUCUCCGUUACUCAGUCAUAAUGAACAGGUCCCUCUGCUUGUGGAUGGCCAUAGGCUCUUGGAUGUCUGGUGUCCCUGUGUCUAUGCUACAGACAGCUUGGAUGAUGGCUCUACCCUUCUGUGGACCAAAUGCUGUCGACCAUUUUUUUUGUGAUGGUCCUCCAGUCUUGAAACUUGUCACUGAGGACACAACCAUGUACGAAAUGCAAGCCCUUGCUUCCACCCUAUUAUUUAUCAUGUUUCCGUUUUCCCUCAUUUUGGUUUCCUACACCCGUAUUAUCACGACCAUUCUGAGGAUGCCCUCAGCUACUGGUCGCCAGAAGGCGUUUUCUACGUGUUCUUCACAUCUCAUUGUGGUAUCCCUAUUCUAUGGAACAGCUAGCCUGACCUAUUUGCGGCCCAAAUCCAACCAAUCUCCUGAGAGCAAGAAGCUAGUGUCUUUGUCCUACACAGUCAUCACACCUAUGUUAAACCCCAUCAUCUACAGCUUGAGGAACAAUGAAGUCAAAGGAGCCGUUAAGAGAGCAGUCACCCGGAAAGUCUUGCAGAAGUUAGACGUGUUUUAA